AUGAACAACGUGACAGAAUUCCUCCUGCUUGGCCUGACCCAGAACCCAGCUGUGCAGAAAUUCCUGUUUGCUCUGUUUACAGUCAUCUACUUGCUCACGGUGGCAGGCAACCUGCUCAUUGUCAUGACCGUCACCACCAGCAGAGCCCUGAGCUCCCCCAUGUAUUUUUUUCUUUCUUUCUUGUCCUUCCUAGAUGGCUGCUGCUCUUCUACCAUGGCCCCCAAAAUGAUAUAUGACUUACUCGCUGAAAAGAAAACCAUCUCCUUCAGCGGGUGCAUGACUCAGCUCUUUGCAGAGCAUUUCUUUGGAGGAGUUGAGAUUAUCCUGCUGACGGUGAUGGCCUAUGACCGCUACGUGGCCAUCUGCAGGCCCCUGCACUAUGAUACCAUGAACAGGCAAGUGUGUGGCCUUCUGGUGGCCCUGGCCUGGGCCGGGGGAUUUCUUCAUGCCCUGAUUCAAAUUCUUUUUAUAGUCUGGUUGCCCUUCUGUGGCCCCAAUGUCAUUGACCAUUUCAUCUGUGACCUUUUCCCCCUGCUAAAACUCUCCUGCACUGACACUCACCUCUUUGGACUUUUUGUUGCUGCCAACAGUGGGCUGAUGUGUAUGGUCAUCUUUUCUAUUCUUACUGCCUCCUACGUCCUCAUCCUUUGCUCACUGAGAACGCACAGCCCUGAGGGACAGCGGAAAGCUCUCUCCACCUGUGCCUCCCAUGUUACCGUAGUCAUCCUGUUCUUUGUACCGUGUAUGUUCGUGUACCUUCGGCCCAUGACCACCUUCCCCAUUGAUAAAGCGGUGGCUGUGUUUUACACUGUGGUAACACCCAUGUUAAACCCUUUAAUCUACACCCUCAGAAACUCAGAGGUGAAAAAUGCCAUGAGGAAGCUCUGGAGCCCAAAAGUAACCUUGGAUAACAAUUCAAGUGAGUAG